CCCGCGCAGUCAGCGCUAGUGUGUCAUCGCGAGCAGUGUCACACGGACCUGUCAGUGUUAUUAGUGCGCGCACUUGACUGUUGUGAGAAAAAUGAGAUUUCGAACGGCUACCAGUCUUCUAUUGUUAUUAGGUGCAACGUACGGGAAAGUAGACGUGGGAAUGACUGGACAUUGGAAAGAGAACGUUGGCUGGCAGCUGACGUGCACCUGGACUUUGGACAGCAGACCUCUACAGUCCGUACGGCUGUACAAAGACGAUACGCAGUUCCUGAUAUACAGGCCAGAGAAACAAGGAGUAAACUUCAACUUCGGGUCUUCAGCUGACGACUCGCGACUGACGGUCGACUGCCAUGACACCGGGAGCACGGGAAAGUGUGAGCUGGAACACGAGCUGUUGACUCCUCCCAUGUUCAACACGACGUACAAGUGUGAGGUGUCGGAGGAGGCGCCGAGGUUCGAGAUGAAGUUUGCGGAGUAUACCAUCGAAGUUUUUGUACCACCGUUAUAUCCCCAAUUGGAGAUAUCAUCACAAGACAGUCUUGUAAACGUAAACUGCACAUCGGCGGCCAUCCCUGCUCCGAGACUGGUGUGGCGUAUCGGAGAGCAGAGAAUUCCAGAGAACUUCUCAAGUCGUCGUUGGGACCCCACCAGCAAGCUGUGGCACUCGUGGUCGGUGGUCACAAUGUCCCAGGGGGAAUCUCUGGUAUUGGCGUGCGAUGUCCAUUUUGCGAGAGCUGGCAAACUCAUCAUGGGUCAGAGCGUUGAAGCUAUUGUCAAUUCUGCUGACAGUGUUAUGGGUUUGAAUGCCGCUUUUUUGGCAGCGGCUCUGAUGGCACUACUACGGUGACCGCAAAAUAACUGUUGAUCGCAAAAAACUAUUGAACAUACCUACAUCUUAUGGACAGUUAAACUGCUGAAAGGCUUUGUAGUAGGUGUUUAAAAUAAAAACCAAUCUCAAGUGUGAAGUGGCUUUAGUAAUAAGGAAAUUUAUUUUAGGGCGACCUUAGGAGAUUAGCUAUUGUUUCUGUUACCUGCCAUUUGAGUUUAUAAAUAGAAUAGAUUAGUACCUAAGCUAUAUUUUUGUUUUAAAGAGACUUUUUCAUAGAAGUUAAAUAAUUUUAGAAAGUAAGUAGGAUUCGAAGAGGAAGGCGAUGAUGAAAUGUCAAAACCAGAGGCAGAAUGAAAAUAAAUUUCAAAAACUUUUCAGAGCUCCUAAGAUCCUGCGCACAAAUUUUUGUACAUAUUACACAAUCUAUUUUGAACUUUUAUUGAGUAACUAAGGGUUCCAAAUUAAAAAUAAACCAAUGCUUUUGGGUCUCAGGAGGCUAGAGUGCUAUAAACCAAAGAGUAUAGAAGAGCAUAAU